GACCGGCGUUUAUGGAAAUUCAGUCCGGACUCCAUAAAAUGGAGAGACCGGCUUCACCGCAGACCCGCUUAGACAGACGAGGCUCACGGGUAAGCGACCAAGGCUACCGGAAAUGGAAGCGAACCACUUCUACUUGACCGCCGUACUUGUCCUGUGCUACUCUGCAGCAGUUUUCUGCAAGUUGGCUGCUCCGGGGGGCCCAAGGAAGCUGUACUACAAUGCGGCGGACAGCUUCAAGGUAUUUCAGAGUUUCCCGAAUGCUGUGGCUAUCAUAGACUCGGACAACGACACCUUGUUUAACUGCUGGACAGCCGAACGCACGGAGAUUGACCAUGAGACACAAUCAGCGACGUAUGCAGCUCUUUUUCCGACGGUUCGAAAAGCCAGGCUGUUUUAUGUAAAAGCCGAAAAGAACUCUCCCAAGUUCACGUUUACACUCGACGACGAUCCGACCCCCAAGGAAGGCAUGUUCUACUACACCGACUACGAGAACUGCGUCAUCGAGGAUCUUGAGUACCACGGGCAUCAGUGUGUCCUUUGGGUCAGGAAAGAGUUGAAGAACUCGGUGCCUCAGAUCUGCAUCAAUCACUUCGCUGACACUUGCGGCGUUGGCGUUCCAAAGCACAGCAGAGACCUUUGCAGGGACGACUGACAUGACUGCUUUAAUCUAACAUAAAACGAUUUUGGCGUUCUCGACUAAAUGUGUACUAGCCGUAUAAAUUUCCCUUAUUUACCGCAUAUGUGUUGUCUUAAUAAUUUGAACGGCCUCU